GAGCAUAGAGUUUGUUGUCAUUUGCGGUUUUCUUUUAAGUGAUGAAAAUUUUAAAUUCAAAUUGGUAAACUAGUUGUGUCGCUAGUGAUUUCCUUAGUUUUGUCCAAGAGCUAUCAAUUAAACCAUGGAAGAACAAUAUAAACAAUUAAAUAAGGAACUAAUUGAACAAGUUCAGGAAAUGAGAUUAACCCUUAAGGAUUAUCGAGAUGAACUUGUGUUAUCACGCUCCAAAUGGUUGGAGUAUCAGACAAAGUAUAAUAAUUUAAUCAUCAAAUGUAGCGCUAUGGCUAAAGCCCAUUUUAAGGGAUUUCUGGAAUUGGUGGAUCCAAAAUCAUCCUACUUGUCGUAUCUAAACGGCGAAAUGCCCAAAGAGAGAAGCUCAUCCAGGAGAAGUUCUCGUAUGGCAGAAGAAUUGAGAAGAACGAGUUCUAUUGUACAAACAAGAAGGUCAUUUAACUCUGUCUCGCCCAUCAGUUUAACUAGCAGGGACGAAGAGGAUGAAGCAGAAAAUGGCAACGAUUCAAGGCAGACACGCUCAGGAGAUAGUGUUAUAAGAGAAGAGGAUGAGGAUAACGAAGACAACGAGGACUUGUCCACUAUUCCGCGAAGUAGUAUACCAACAAGAGUUUCGAUCAAUGCCACAGUAGGUGAGUGCUCCAUGGAAAUUGAAGACGUUGAACCAACUGGGCUAUCAGAGAGCAGACAAAUUGAAUCUGAUGAAGGCGAAACGAUUGCAGAUGAUGAAUCGCUUUUGAUUGAAAACAGCGAAACCAAUGAUUCAAGCGACAACAAUGAAAUGGCGUCAGAACCGAGCACCAAGAGUACCCUACGGGAUGUUACCAAUGUUAUUAAUUCGCCAGCAAAAGAUGUAAUUAAAGCUAGUUACAGCAAAAACACAGCAAAGCGUGGAUCUAAUCGUAAGAAUUAUGUUACCCUCAGUAGAGGCGGUAGGGGCCCCGAACGAAAGAAAAGCGAUAACAUUGACAUUCGACCAUCUAAUGCCUCCUCAAUGGAGGAACCUCGACAGUCUCCACAUAUACAGAGACGCAUUGAAUCUUCCUAUCGUGUCAUGCAUCAUGAAGUUCGCUUACCGAUCCAGUCGCUUAGUGAUAUCUCAAUAGAGAGUUUCCAAGUUGAGAAUAGCAGUACCCCGGUAGUUAGAGGCCGUAGCAGAAGCAGAAGUCCUGCAGCGUCGGAUAAAAGUACUAGUUCAAGGCCAAGGCGGGGCUGCACGCCGUCGUCGUUUGCAGAGAAAACCCUGAACGCCAAACUUCGGAAUGAGACAGACGAAAAAUCACUUGUAAAAAAAGGAAAAAUAUCGAAAAAGAAGAAAAAAUAGGAUUUAUUGCAAAUUUAAGAACUUGUUUUUGGGUUUUUUUUUAUUUCUUAAGCUUUUUUCAUUACUAUUGGGAAACAGAUUGUACAUGUUACUUGCCAAAUAAUAUAUUCUUACCACAUACUCACUUGAUUUUGAACAAAAUUAAACAAAGACUUUGCUAGUUGAUAUGACGUAGCAUACACGACUUUUUGACAAGAUAAUUUUUCACUGAAACUUUUGCUAUUAAAAACUUUGGUGGAGCAUAAGAAAGAAUAGAUUCAUUCGUUAUUUUAAAACGCUGGUUUUAUUAAAGCAUUAGUAUAAGGAAAACCCCUGUAGUAAACAUUUACAGCUUCUUAAUAAAGAAAAUCGCAAGAGUCCUAAAUGGAUCCACAAUA